AUGGUUAUCUUUGUUCGCCCUCGAUUUUUCAGCGGAGGCAUCUCGGGAAGGUGUUGUAUCGAAGCCCCUUUCCACUUCCUGAGCGAUCGGGCUCGUCCUUUCACCACAGGGCUUCAUCAUGCUAUGCGAGAGAAAGCGUCCGGGCCCGAACCUACAUCAUGUGAUGAAUUGUUUGCGAAUGAGCUGAAAGCUAUUGUCGCCAAGUUUGAGGCACCAAUGGCAUAUGCCUUUGCGUACGGUUCAGGCGUAUUUCCGCAGAGCGCCAAGUCGUCCUGUCCGGGUCCCAUUAUCCAUGUGGACCCUCCCAAUGCAAUCAAGCAGAUGCAGGGAGGAAACGAGACAAUGAUAGACUUUAUUUUCGGAGUCUCGUCCUCAGAACAGUGGCAUGAGCUCAAUUUGCAGCAGUACAGAGAUCAUUACGGGGGACUAGGCAACCUAGGGAAGUUUGCAGUAGCACAGUGUCAAGACGCGUUUGGGGCCGGGGUAUACUUUCAUCCUUUCGUUACAGUGAAUGGAACUCUUAUCAAGUACGGUGUUACCAAUAUGGAUACUAUCUGCCGAGACCUAUUGACCUGGGACACCCUCUAUAUUGCUGGGCGGCUGCAGAAGCCUACAAGAACUAUCUGGAAUAACUCACGCGUGCAAGAGGCUAACCAAGCCAAUCUAUUGUCUGCAAUUAAUGUUGCACUUUUACUGCUUCCAGAGACAUUCACCGAGCAAGAGCUUUAUACAACGAUAGCAGGUAUAUCAUACCUGGGCGACCCGCGGAUGUCAGUAGGAGGUGACAAUCCACAGAAGGUUCAGAACAUGAUAGAGCACCAGUUGGAUGACUUUCGGAAGCUUUAUAAUCCUUUGCUGAAGGCAAUGAGCAAUAUAUCGACUAUCAGCUACCAAUCGGCUAUCAUAAAUCUUGCUAGGAGCAGUAAGCUUCAGCAAAAUUUGGAUCCCACCGUUCGUGGACGUUUGGUCCGGAAUCUCCCCAGCGCUUUUCGUGCAAAGGUCUAUUCACAGUCUGAGAGAAGACUGGGGACUUCACUAGGAAUCAACCACCCUAUUCCACACGAAGCUGACAAUGAGGGCAACAAGGAAUCAGGACAGGGACUUCCUGGCUCCUUCGACGUACAACUAGCCCAGGAUAACGACCUUCGACAGGAGAUUAAACGCGCAAUUCAGAAGACAGUAAGGUGGCCGAGCUUCACCCAAAGCAUAAAAAGCGCCAUUACCGCAGGCUUCAAUAGGAGUUGGAGAUAUGCUAUCGAGAAAAGACAGAAGGCGGCCUCCGGAAGACGUUAG